UGUCGGUCGUCCAUGUCGUCCAUGUCGUUGAUGUCGUCCAUGUCAUCCUGCAAUCUGAGCGAGCGCGCCUACGCGUAUACUCGACACGCUCGGUAUCCCACCCCCUUCGCUCUUCAGACUCUUCGAUGCAGCGAGCUCGUCGGAUAACUAUCUCUCCUAUGCUCCUUAUCUGAUAGCAUUCCUCGUCCCUCUCAAAUUCCAUCUCCAUCUCAUCUCCAUCCAAACCCCCAUAUCGCCAUCAACGACACAAAGCAUGUACCAUGGAUGGCGAGUCCCACCCAGGUCAUCCACCGCGCGAUUCUAUGAAGCGCAAACGCUCAAAGGCGGGCUGCUUGACAUGCCGCCUACGUAAGAAGCGCUGCGAUGAAACCCGCCCCACUUGCGCGGCGUGCACGCGCCUCGGCCUUGAAUGCAUAGGCUAUGGCCAACGACCAGCAUGGAUGGCUCGGCGCGAGGCCGUCGCUGACGCCGUCGCCGACAUACGGAAAGCAAUGGCAGCGACACACGUCGCGCGGCGGCGGCAGCGAUGGGCAGAUGCCGCGCGGCUCGGUGAAGGCGUGGAACAAUGUACCGAGACAUCCAUUCCCGCCAAUCCUCCUGAUCCCCAACAGUCUCAGUCGAGGAUAGCUGGCAUGCGCGACGAGCGACUGGACGAGAACGCCUUCGCUUCGCAGACCGCUCUCCAUCCAGCGUCACUGCUCCCUCAUGACGUGCCCGACGCCGCUGGGAAUGAGGGACUCAUGCUGCUAAGCCCAUCCGAAAGCCCUCCGGCACUGAAUUCCUCAAGCUCGCUCGACUCUGAACUCGCUGCCCUCCUGGGUCGCGAGGCGUCGGAAUUGCUCUCCACACACACGCCCUAUCUCCCCCUUCUGACGGAGCCGAGCGCAGUUUACACCCCCUUCUUCUCCUCUCCUGCGCAAAUGCGCUACUUGAAUCACUACCUGACCGUGAUUAUGCCAUACCAAUGGAUAUUCGAGCGCGGCCCUCUCUCGGAUCUCGUCACACCACUGGCGUUCUCCCACCCGCUCGUGUGCGAGAGCGUGAGCGCGCUUGCGGCGCUGCACAUUGGCUCAACGCGGCAGCGCCAUUGCCGCCGUCAGCGCCUCUCCCGUCGGCUAGUCACCAUCUCUGAGGGUGUAACGGACCCCGACCUCGCCGUGGCGCAGCUCAGCACGCAGAGGAGCGCGGCUGUACUCUCCCGUGUCCCUCUUCACGAGCUUGGGACGCACGAAAUGGUCGUCGCGGCAAUGUGCAUCAGCUCGUUCCACCUGUUCGACGGCGGCAGCCGCCCCGGGUGGCGGGUCGCCGUGGCCCUGUGCCGCAAAUGUCUCGGCGCGAUUGUGCAGCGCAGCCUUGUGUGCGAGGCAGAUGGGACAGCGGCGCUGCAGCUCACCUCGCUGCUGCGGCGCAUGGGCCACCUCCUCGCGCCGCUCGUCUGGACUGACAUCCUGUCCUCAGCCACCGAGGGCGUCGCCUCCCUCUUCCUUCCGCUGUACCGCGUCCUCCUCGUAGACUGCGUCAGCGAGGACGAGGCGACAUUCCUGCGCGAGACCGUCAUGGGUUGCGACUCGACCACGCGUCUUGCGCUCGCAGAGACGAUCGCCCUUUCGGAGUGGAAAGAGGGCGAGGUGCGUGCCGGCCGCCUUUCCCUCCGCGCCCUGCUGGCGCGCGCGUCCGCCAUCGAAGAAAUACUUGACGAGCGGCCGCGGCGCGAGGCGCAUCUCUUGUGCGCCACGCCCGCGCGGCGCGCAGUCAGCGACAUCUUCUUCCACAGCGCCCGCGUGUUGCUCGCGACGACGAUCCACGGCCCAUAUCCAGACGUGGCGGAGGUGAAGGCGACGGUCGCGGAUACGGUGGACGCGUUUAGUGCGCUCGACGCGCUCGACAUCACCGGCGCCGAGCGCGCGCUCGUCUUCCCCACUGUCAUUGCGGGCUGCCACGCACAGCCCGAGUUGCAAACCUUCUUCCGCGACCGUUUCGUGCGCCUCGGCGAUGAAGCCGUGGCUUUCGGCAACACCCAAAACGCGCUACGCGUUAUGGAAGAGGUGUGGCGGCGGCGAGCGGCGGCGCGAGCGGAUGAGGCUGUGCACUGGCGCAGCGUCAUGUUCGACCUGGACGACGAGGGCCUGUUGUUAAUCUGACGCAUGUAUUCUAGAGCAGCGGGGCGAGAAACAGAUCUGAGGCAGAGGAGAGGAGAGGACACCGUACCGACGCACACAUCUACAUGCACUAGCCGAAAUGCGCCAGCAGCCACGCACACACGUCCUCACACAGUACCGCCUGCGCCUCCUCCUCUUCCACACUGUGCGUCGCGCCCUCUACCAAAUUCCAACUCAGCUUGC